GCUUUUAACUAAUGAAGUGCACCCUCACCCCUGUUUGUGGCAUUGGUGGCUUUCAAGCACGGCCUGAGAAUACCUUUGUAAACAAAAUAAGAAUAAUACUCUUAUUUUAGCAAUAACGAAUCUUUCCUUGAAAUGCUCCAUUUGACUUCCUGGCUUGUGCUGAUGUGCAUUCCCUGUUUCAUUUAAUUUCUUUCAUUCAUUUUUGUGCAUUCCCUCUUUCAUUAGGACACUGCUCUUUCUCCUGAGACUGCCAGCUCAGAUGACAGUUUUAGGAAGUGCAGGCAGAGGCUGAAUGAUGAAGAGCUUUAAUAAUCAUCUGGGUUCACACAUGUUAAAGUAACACACAGUCAUUGAGCAGGUCACUCUCUCGGGGGAAUGCUAACUCCAGAGCUAUCAAAAAAGCUCUACUGAUAAAUUCAAAACAUAUUGACUUUGUGUGGCAUGCAAUCAAAAGCUGGUGGCAAUAACACAGCAGGGUUCUUAAUCACUUUGCUGUUACAGUUGUGCUCCUGCUGUCAUAUUUCUAAAGGUUCAUUUGUUAAUUUGUUGAAAAGAAUGCUUAAGCAACUUGUACAGUUUCCAACAACUUCUGUGCUAAGAGUAACUGUAGUGUAAUAUUAGACUUCCAGAUAAUAUGGGGGAAUGUUUUUGGAAGAAAUCACUACAACACUAUGUGAAACAUAUUCUCACGGUUCUCAAGUGGCUUUUAAAUGUUUGGUUUUUAAAAAUUAAGUUUGCUUGUGGGAAUCUAACUCUUGUUAAGCUGAACACAUGGUGAGAAGUACUGGAUAUAUGAGUGUAUGUGGCUCUUUAAGCCGAAUAUAUUCCUUGAGCAUUCUAGGAAUAGCAGUGGAGAUUGUAACUGUCAGCACUGCAGCUGAAAUUCGGGAUUUUGCAAUUGUAAAAUCUGACCAUUGGUUUCUUAUAUUUGUCCAGUCUGUCUAGCAGGAGUGUUAAGACAGUGAUGGCUCCUUAGCACAAGUUGUAGUGCUGUUUGCCUGAUGUAUUGCAACUGGAAAGGGGAUCCAUUUGGGAGAAGGGGACAUGACAAAAUACUGAGUAAACAAACAAACAGGCAUCUCUCUAAUUCAGUGGCAGUAUGGGCCAUAAAAAUAAUAUUUUACCAAGAUGAGCCCAUUUGUCCUGGUAUGAACUGAACUUUUCUCCUCCCCUUCCUGGUGAUCUUCCUGAGCAAAGAUGUCAUCUUCUUUCAGCCACUGUUAUAUGAUGCUUUCAGUCCAUUUCAACUAAAGAACUCCCUCCCCACAGAACCCUGCAGGAAAGGGUGUUCCCCUUUAGUUUUCCAGAGAGAAAACAUGAGGAAAACCUAAGUGCUUCCUUCUGAAGCUGAUGGAGUGGGAGAUUCAUGUAGAAGACCAAUGCCAUUGCUUUUCAAAGGAGCACAGUGAAAGAGCAAGAGGCAACAAUAUGGAGUUGCAAGAUGGAACAUUUCAAUUCUUAGUGAUUUAAAAAAAGGAUCAUUACUGUUUUGAUGAAGUGAUUAAGAACUAGUUUUAAAGCAUCACCAAUGUCUGGUUUAGAAUUUUUUUAAAAGUAUGUAGAUAGCUAAAAAAAAGAUGCUGGUUCUCUGAGUGCUGUAAUGGAAUAGCAUUGUGCUUCCUGUUGUAAUCUUUGAAAAAGAUAGAAAAUCAUAUACACUUAACUUUUUAAAGCAAAAAAAUUGAAGUAGGAAAGUGAAAAGUUAAUCUGGAGUUCAAGAAAGAUUAAUGCUGCUAGAGAGCCCCUGAAAAUGAAAAUCUCAGCUGCUUGCUUAUGUCUGUGAUAGCCAAGAUUAUAAACUUUCAGUUGACUGUUAACAUUUGGGUUGUGUAGAGGAUCAGGCUUGUGCUGGGUUUAAUGACUGUAACUGUGUAAUGUACAUUAUAUGCAUUAAACUGCAUUUUGGUCUCCAAUAUUGUUAAAAUAACACUGUGAUAAUAUCUUACAUGUUAAAUCAGACUUGCUAGUGACACUGUUUUAAUGUUGGCAGGUGGAAGUUUUCUCAGAUUCUUGUCCUUAUGCUACUAAAAUCCUCCCUAACUAAAGAUGCAUCCAGACCUGUCUCCUCAUCUGCACACUGAAGAGUGUAACCUAAUUAUCAGUCUGCUCAAGCAGUGUCACAAGGAGCACAAUGUUCUGAAGUUUUUUGGCCAUUGCAAUGAUAUUGACCGUGAGAUGAGGAAGUGCUUAAAAAAAGAGUAUGAAGAGAACAGGCGCAGAAACCGGGAGAAACGACAGAAGAGGAUGAUAAAUGCUCAGAAAGCCUCAGAGAAGUGAGCUGUGCUGAGGCUGGACAGCUGCAGCUCCACAGGGACAUUCACUUGGCAGCUGACAGAAUACUUGUGUUUCAUCACCACUGUCCAGCCUGUGGUUUGUGAAAUGGUGACAAAAUAAAUGCAUGUAAUAUAUAUUAAUUCCCAACAAGACAAACAGGGUGAAAAAAUAAAUACAAUACAUCGCUCACAACAUAACUUAAAUUUUGACCUCUAAAAGAAAACUACUGUGGCAAGUCUUUGUUCUGGCAGUUUUAUGAUUAAGUAAUGAAGAAUUGGUGUGUGUGAGGUACUAUGUGUUCAGGGCAGCUGUGUUCCCCACUUUACUGAGUUUCAUUUACUUCCUUGUUUUUAGCAGUUUCUCUUUCACGUCUUGGGUUUUGUAGGGUUUUUUUUGUUUGUGUUUCAUUGCAAAACACUAAAUUACUUUUUCCAUCACUCUUUGUAGUGUUGUGAUAACACUUCUUAAAUGGAUUAGGAAAAAGAAAUUUUAAACAGAUGUGACUUGAAAUUGGAAAUGGCCUAUUAAGGAAUAAUUGGAGUUCUAGUAUUUUUAUUGGAGCUAAAACGAUGAAGCUACUGUCUUCAGCUGAGAUUACAAAUCCUCCCUGCUAACCAUAUGUACACUGUAGACUGUUGUAAGACAAUUUGUUCAUCAUACGCAAAGCAAGCGGCUUUAGAAAUUCAGAAUGGAACAUUUCCAGGGAUUUACAAAGCUUCCCCGUGAUUUUUGUUGAGUACAAUCAAUGUGUGCUGAGUGAUUUUUGAAGAGGAGUGCUGCCAAAAAUACAAGCUAAAGUUCUUCCAUUUUCUCUGUUACAGAGGUAAAGGUAAGUUAUGACUAUUGAGGUUGAAGCAAAGCUGACACUGAAGUGAAAGGAAAGUGUAAUUUUCUCAGGCAAGUCAAUGUGUGUUGUGUUACCAAGUUGCCUUGUUAGCCUAUAAAAGUGUUUAUUUGCUAUCAAACUGCCAGAAGCCCAGAACAAGUCUCUGAAUUCCUAAGAUUUGAUAUCUAAAACUACAGUGGUUUGUCCAGUGAUGGAGCUGCUUCUGUGUGUCUGCUGGAUUCACCUUACUUUUAAAUAAUGCCUCUGUUGUGCUUUGCAGCAAAAGCCUUUUUUUAAAAAAUAAAUUUGUUGAGCCAAAUAUACAAAAGUAUCUAGAAAGCUUUUGGAAAAAGGGUGCCUAUUCUACAGUGAAUUACAUGGUUUGUUGUAAGAGCCAUUGUUGAUACUCGAAAUUGGUACAUGCCUCUUUGGAAGAAAAUGGUAUUUUGUGAGCCCUUUUGAAGGGUGAAUUAGAUAAAAUAAUUUUACUUAUUUUUCAAUACCUGGAUGGACCCAAUUAAAUUGGUAAAAUUAAACCACUAAUAUUUUCAGUGAAAGCUCCAAGCAAAGCUGAAGCAAUUUUUUCUGCAUUUUGACACGCUUUGUUUCUUAGAACAAGUAAACGAUGCACUGUUUGAAUUAAUACUUAAAUGGUUGGAAUGGUGCAGCCUUUAUUGGCACUUCUCAGAGUAUUUUCAAAGAGUACUUGGUAGUGAACUCCCUUAUCUGGCAACUCUGCAUCCAUGAUACUUCUUCCACUUGAGAUGACACAACCUACUUCAGGCAAGCUCUUAAAUAGGAUUUGUAGUCUUUAAGUAAAUAAAUAAAUAGAGAAUUGUUCCAGAGAUUAGGUUGAGAAGCUGAUAUCUGAGUGCAGAAGCACUGAAGCUUUUGUUUCUUUAAUCAGCUUGUGUGAGUCCCAAUCUUUCACACAGCAACAAAAUAAGAAACCAAGAGCCACUUAACACAGCUCAUUAGUCAGAAUCAUGUUUGCAAAGAUCAAUGUGCUUAGUGAAUGAAAGACCAAAUGGCACACACAGUUCUAUUGAUACUUUCAACUACAUUUUAUUUAUAAAUCUGUUUCACAGAUUAGCGUUGUUUACCUAGUGAAAGUCUGAUCAUGGUCUUCCUUCUGUUUCUCUUUGCUAAUUGCCCACUAGUAGUGUGAUAUGAGAGUGCCCAUUGAUUCCUGUGGGUUUUGUUCCUUUUGUUUGACAGAGAGUUCAUGUUGGUAAUUUGAUCCUGAAGCUGAAAAACAUUGGUAUAAGAAUACUGAUGAUUUAUCUGACAGAGAAAGGGGUAAGGGUGAAAUAGUAAAUGCCGGGUUUUUUCUUGUUUCCUAAAGUGAGCUUGUGUGAAAUAAACCUUAUCUCUAUAGACUUCAAA